UCUGUGCAUGUCUUUGGAUUUUAGCAGAAGUGAAUUGCUCUAUGUCAUUGAAUAAUUGAGGUCAUUGGUAGUGCAAACUCAGCAUUUACAAGACAUUCCGCACUAAAAUGAUGAUAGCUGGGGAAAUCUCUUCCUUCUUGUAUUCAGAUAGCCAAGAACCAAUAACUUCCUGCUUGGGGAAGAAGUCCUGCUUUACGGGCUUUCAACGUUAUCCUUUCCUUUCCCUCAUUUACAUGACAUUCAACACUAAAAUGAUGAUAGCUGGGGAAAUCUCUUCCUUCAUGUAUUCAGAUAGCCAAAAAGUAAUAACUUCCUGCUUGGGAAAGAAGUCCUGCUUUACGGACUUUCAACGUUAUCCUUUCCUUUCCCUCAUUUACAUGACAUUCAACACUAAAAUGAUGAUAGCUGGGGAAAUCUCCUCCUUCUUGUAUUCAGAUAGCCAAAAAGUAAAACUUCCUGCUUGGGAAAGAAGUCCUGCUGAACGGACUUUCAACGUUAUCCUUUCCUUUCCCUCAUUUACAUGACAUUCAACACUAAAAUGAUGGUGAGAAGAAACAGUUCAAAUAUGAUAGCAAUUUCUGAAUCACAUUUUCCUGGUUGCAUGGUUGCUUAUCUUAAAGAGAGCUGGGGAAAUCUCUUUCCUUCUUCUUGCAUUCAGAUAGCCAAAAAGUAAUAACUUCCUGCUUGGGAAAGAAGUCUUGCUUUACGGACUUUCAACAUUAUCCUUUCCUUUCCUCAUUUAUAUGACAUUCAACACUACAAUGAUGGUGAGAAGAAACAGUUCAAUAUGAUAGCAAUUUCUGAAUCAGAUUUUCCUGGUUGCAUGGUUGCUUAUUUUAAAGAGAGCUGGAGAAAUCUAUUUCCUUCUUGCAUUCUGAUAGCAAAAAAGUAAUAACUUCCUGCUUGGGAAAGAAGUCCUGCUUUAUGCACUUUCAACAUUAUCCUUUCCUUUCCCGCAUUAUUUCCAAUAUUCAAUGGAAUGGAAACACUUUGCCUUCUCAAUUUUUGUCUGCCUUUUUCUGUUCUACUCACCAACAAUGGUUAUUCUGGAUAUUUCUCAUAAACCAUGCCUGAAAAUGUCUUUUUCUAUCUGAUUCACCAAGACACUGAAUAUUUAGUAAAAUUAUUGUUGGUCCUCAGGAUUUUUUUUGGGCUGUCUUUUUCAGAUUUUGAUAUCAGGCAAUUUUUUGUUGGGCUCUUUGGUUAGUGCUCCAUUUUAGGAGACUGCACUUUGGAAGGCAUAAGGCAUUGUGUUAGCACUUGCUAGUGCUGAAUUUUGGGUGUUUGCUGAAGGUCUGAAGGGUCAAGAAUCUCAUUAUUCCCGCUUCUGUGAAUGCACUUGGUGAUAGUCUGGUUCACACCCUUAGCACUAAUAGAGGCCUACUUUAUAUGAUAGGGACUUUGUUAUUGCAAAAUUCCAUUGAAUGUAAGCAGAAGGCAUCUAGAAUUGCAUUUUCUAUGUGACAUAGAAGGCGAAGUGCAUCUUUGCCAACACGACUGUUAAAUCGAUUUUGGAAUGAAAAUGAUUCGAAUUUUCAAUGUCUUCUCCUGGCAUUACGUUCAUCUUAGUUGUUUCAUACAAAUUGCUUGUACUGAUCAUAGUGCUACAGAAUCUAGAUCUUGGUAUAGUUGGAAGGGCUUUAGUUACUUAAUACUAUUUUAAUGAAGUUGAUCCAUUGAUGCUACUACAACAUCUUGGUGCUUGGGUUGGUUGAAAAUAUAGUCUAGGGUUCUUUUUUCCU